AUGGAGAAACCGAAUGACCCAAAACCUAGCCGGUUCUAUAAAUGCACCAAGGAAGACGCCAAACUCGUCGAAAAACUUCCUGAAAGCUGUCAGUCGCCGUUGAAGAAAGUCAGUGACAAGACAGUCAUAACUGGAGGUGCCGGUUACUUUGGCUUUACUCUUGGCUGUGCUCUCGCUAAAUCAGGAACCAAAGUCAUUUUGUACGAUGUGAAUCUGCCUAUCUGGGACAUCCCGAAGGGAAUCAUCCUCAUAAAGUCGGAUGUGCGAAACUUCAGCGACUUGUACUCAGCCUGUGAAGGGGUGGAUUGUCUAUUUCAUGCAGCCGCGUACGGGAUGACCGGAAUAGAGCAACUGCACAAGAAACACAUUCGGUCGGUCAACAUCGGAGGGACCGGAAUAGUUCUGGAAGUCUGCAAGCGGCAGAGCAUCCCAAGACUGAUCUACACCAGCUCGGUCAAUGUGGUCUUUGCUGGACAAACCAUCAUUGACGGCGACGAAGCCACUGUACCGUAUUUUCCUCUAGAGCAGCAAGUUAAUGAAUAUUCCCGGACGAAAUCAAUUGCAGAACAAAUGGUCUUAGCGGCCAACGGAUCACGCCUGGCAGGAGGAGGGAAACUCCACACGUGUGCAAUUCGCCCUCCUGGAAUUUAUGGACCGGAAGAGCAGCGGCAUUUGCCUCGGUUGGCCCUCAAUAUUGAAAGGGGGAUUUUUAACACCCGUGUCGGGGAUCCAGAGACUCUGAUGAACUGGGUCCACGUGGAAAAUCUCGUGCAAGCUCACAUCCUUGCAGCAAAGGCUCUCACUCCAGAAAUGAACUAUAUUGCGGGUGGCCAGGUGUACUUUAUCAACGACGAUGAGAAAGUCAACCUGUUUGAAUGGCUGUCUCCCUUGUUCGAAGGACUGGGCUCCCAUAAUCCGUGGAUCCGGGUUCCGGUUUUUCUGGUUCAUCUAUCAGCUGUCAUCAUGGAAAACGUCCACAGUAUGUUGCUGCCGAUUGUGGAAAUCACGCCCCCGAUCACCAGAAAUGAAGUGCACAAUAUGGCUUGUACGCACACGUUCAAAAUCGACAAAGCUCGGGCCCACCUUGGCUACGCCCCCCAAAAGUAUUCCUUCGCUGACUGUGUGGAUCAUUUUUUGAAGAAGGGACCCCGGUCGAGGAAUUUUUUCCUAUGCAAAUGCCUUUUUCUGCUGGUCCUGCUCACGGGGCUGAUCGUGCUGGCUGUGAAAUUCUCCCAAGUGAGAGAUUUUCUCCUAGAUUCCUGGAGGAAAUAUUGGUUCCUUCUUGAGACGUGAAGAAGUCCCACUCUCGGAUUGCGGGGGACGUGGGCUUUGGAGUGGUCCCCAACUUGCAGGCCAAAGAGGGGGUCCCAAGAGGAAGUGGCAACCCUGGUUCUGAAAUGGCAAACAGACGGGGGGAACCGAGGGCAGCAUCGGCGUGAUAGUGCAAGAACGUCGCACGCUGGCACUUUGCCGGGACAGGAGUCCUCCUCCAUGGGGGCUGCAGCUUUUGGUCCACCUGGAUGAGAAAGAAAAACGAAAGCCAAAAGAGAGAAACGGGAACCCCCGCCGGGCCCUUUGAGGGCCAUGCAGAAGGAUCACAACGGGCGUCUCCUACUGCAGGCGAAGCCUCGAAGGGUGAUGUGGGAACCACCACCCCCCGGGCGAAGGCUUUGCGUACCCCACGCCUCUAACCGGCUGAUGUUUACAGUGACCCUGCCCAGGCGCUGAAAAUAAAAGCCCUUGGAAAAAAAGGCCAAAACGGUGUCUUUUGGGGCAAGAACGUGGGCCGGGCAGUUGUCUAGAAGGUCCCCCGAGAUGGGAUCUGCUCUCUAAAAAGGAAGCAUCCGGGGGUCUGCAGGAGGAUGCCCACAAGGGGGUGGCCACAACGGUGCCUCAGAAGCUCUGCCCAUUUUGUGUGCAGGACAUGGUGGCCGCCAUUUUGAUUUUUUUGACCUCGCCUUGCAGACAUCCCUGUGGUGAGUAGGGAUCUGCCACCCUUGACUCCCUCCCUCUCUGCAAGCGUCCCCACGACAUCGUUGACUGAACGUCUCGAGUUUUCCUGCAACUUUUUCCAUCAGGCUCAAAACAAUCCAUCAGA